AUGAAUGAUUCAGAUGUUUUUAAAAUUUUACUAAUUGGUGAUUCAGCAGUUGGAAAAACAUCGUUAUUAUUAAGAUUUACAGAUCCCAAUAAUUUUCAAGAGACUUCAGUAAAUAUGACUAGUGUUGAUUAUAAAAAUAAAAAUAUAACUAUUGAUGGAAGAACAUUUAAUUUACAAAUUUGGGAUACAGCAGGACAAGAGAGAUUCAGAACAAUUACAUCAUCUUUUUAUAGAGGAGCACAUGGUGUUUUAGUAUGUUAUGAUGUCACUGAUCAACUUACAUAUAAUAACGUUGGGUUAUGGAUGCAAGAAAUUCAAAGAUAUGGAGUACUUGGAGUUAGUAGAGUUUUAGUUGGAAACAAAUGUGAUCUCGAAGAUAGAAAAUUGGUUAACGCUUCAAUUGCCCAAGAAUACGCUGAUAUUCUCGGUAUUCCAUUCAUUGAAACUUCUGCUACAACUGGUGUUAAUGUAGAAGAGGCUUUCAUGGCAAUGGCAGAUGAAAUUUAUAGAAAUCAUAUAGGUGGCUCAAAACCUUCUGUUGUAAAACCAGUAUGUGGAAGUCCUCCCCGCACGAAAAAAAAUAUUUGCUAA